UGAUUAUUAGAAUAAUAAGAAAAAGCCUACAAGUUUCAAUAAUGCUUAAGUUUAGUAUUUAUUGCUUCACAUGUAUUUAUACACAAGCUUGUUCUUAACUGAUGAUAUAAUUAAAUAUAAGACAAUGCCAUGAGAAAAAAUAAUUCAGUUCAUGCCUGUAUUUACAAACAUUUAAUCAGUCUAUGUCCUAUUGUGCCAGUGGAUCAGCCUUUAUAUAUAAGCAUAACAUUUGUUGUAAUGAACGUAUUUGUUACAGAAAUGUCUGAAUCAGAUCUUUUAGCUAGUGAUCAUAUUGAUGGUCUAGAUGGGCUAGAAAAUGGUCAAGAUGGAGAUGCUAUUAUGCAGUGUGAUGGCGUGAAACGUGAAUUGAAUGAAGCAAAUAUUGAUGAUCCGGAAUUGGAGGCCAUCAAAGCACGUGUCAGAGAAAUGGAAGAGGAAGCAGAAAAAUUAAAACAAUUGCAAUCCGAAGUGGACAAACAAAUGAACAUGGGUAGUCCACCUGGAAUAACAAGUCCAUUAAAUAUGUCACUUGAAGAUAAAAGAGAGGUUGAUAAUAGGUCUAUUUAUGUGGGUAAUGUCGAUUAUGGAGCUACAGCAGAAGAAUUAGAACAACACUUUCAUGGUUGCGGUAGUGUCAAUAGAGUAACAAUAUUGUGCAAUAAAUUUGAUGGGCAUCCAAAAGGAUUUGCUUAUAUAGAAUUUGCAGAACGUGAUUCUGUACAAACUGCUAUGGCUAUGGAUGAAUCUAUGUUUAGAGGACGUCAGAUUAAAGUAAUGCCUAAAAGAACAAACAGACCAGGAUUAUCAGUAACAAAUAGAGGACCGCGUGGAACGCGAGGCUAUCGAGGUGUAGCCAGGGGGAUUAUACGUGGUAGUGCAUAUUUUGGAUAUAGACCUACAAGGCGACCUAGAAAAUAAAUUUUUGUUUGGUGCAGGAGUUAUAAACGAGGCUACUACAUGCCAUAUUGACCGUUUUAAAUCAUUUUACUGCAAUUUUACAAAUUAAGGUAAGUUUUUAUAUUAUAAUUUAUAUAACUAUUCAUGUUCUUUUCUGUGAUUGUUCAAACGUAAAAUGUCCGUCUAGAGAAAUAAUUUUUUAACAAUCUCUUAUGAUGUAUUUUAUAGUAUAGUGUUGUACUAUAAAACAAUUAGAAAUUGGUAAUUUAGAGAUUUUUUUAUUUGAACAAUCAAUCUGUGUGCUACAAAAUG